AUGUCUCACCCUAUCCAGUGCUUCCAAGAUGUCGUCGGGCUCGGCGCCCUCGCUUCGCACGCGAUUCGGCACCCCUUGGACUUUCACCACAGCGUUGGCCCCUCGCUCAACGAGCUCACGGGUGGUCUUCUAGGGCCAUCCUUCGAUCCAGAGCGUGAUACUCCCGAUCAAUCAGGAAAGAUCAUCUUUGUCACCGGAGGAAACACUGGCCUCGGAAAAGAAACAGUCCUCCAACUGGCGCGGCAUCGCCCAGAACGUAUAUACCUCGCCGCACGAACCGCGACUAAGGCCCAAGAUGCAAUCACCUCGAUCCAGGAAGCCCUCCCCUCCCCCGCAGACAUUCGACACAUACCCUUGGACCUCGCGUCCUUCGCGUCCAUCCGCGCGGCUGCAGAACAAUUCCACUCCGAGUGCGAUCGCCUAGAUACUCUGAUUCUCAAUGCCGGUACAAUGGGGAAUCCGCCAUCUCUCACGGAAGAGGGCUACGAGAUCCAUAUCGGGACGAACCACAUUGGCCACUUUCUCCUCACCAAGCUGCUCCUCCCCACUCUCCAACACACGCUGUCCCGCUCCCCGGAUGUCCGAGUGAUCACGCUAGGCUCGCUAGCAGGGAACAGCGCGCCAUCAUACGAUGUUAUAACCUCAACUUCUGGCCUGAUGGCUCACGGCUGGUCAACGCGGUAUGGUGCGUCCAAGGCAGCAAACGCGCUCUUUGCUGCGGAGUUGGCUCGGCGGUACCCGGAGAUUAUGUCCGUCUCCGUCCAUCCUGGGACAGUGGGGACCGAUCUAUAUCAGCACUCUAAACAGGCUGGCCCUCUUUACAACCUCAGUGUUGCUCUAAUGUCGAUAUUUCUUCGUAGUCCUCGUACAGGAGCUUUGACGCAGAUCUGGGCUGCAAGUGCACCAAGGGAGAAUUUGGUCAAUGGCGGAUACUAUGUUCCGAUCGCAGCGAAGGGGGUAUCACAGUACGAGGGGGAUUAUCUUCCCGAUCUAAGCAUUCCCCGCUUUCAGGUGAUGCGCACUCAGGAUGCGCACGAAUACGCAGAAGCCUUCAAGACCGGCCGGAUUCCCCCAUGGCUGCAUGCCCUUUAUAUGCACUGGAGGGACCUGCUCCAGGAGCCUUUCAAGGGUGUAACAAUUGAUGGAAACGUCCGCCCAAAUCUAUUCGAGCUUCAAGACGAACAAAUCCCUAUCGACAACAUCGUCGCCGCAACAACACAUCUCUUCUCGCUUCUCAGCAACGAUCAAAAGCAGAAGCUCUGCUACCAUAUCGAUUCACCAGAAUGGCGGACAUGGUCGAACCCGGAGUUCCUUCUCAGCGACAAGGGCCUUCGCCUGGACGAAGUCAAUAGCUCAAUACGCUCCGCCAUUCUCGCCAUCCUCCAAUCCACCCUCUCCCCAGAAGGCUACGACAAGGCGCUUAAAGCGAUGCGAAUAAACCACUUCCUCGGCGAACUCGUCGAGUCUCCGCGCGUCAUGAAUGAGUUUUCCUACAACUUCGUCCUCUUCGGCAAUCCCUCCACCACAAGACCCUGGGGUUGGUCUUUCUACGGCCACCACCUCUGCCUCAAUAUCUUCCUCUACAAGAACCAAAUUAUCGCCUCCCCGUGGUUCACAGGUGCCGAGCCGAAUGAAAUUGACUCGGGCCCCUACAGAGGCACGCGCAUCCUCCACAUUGAGGAAGCCCUCGGUCUCAAACUCAUGCAAUCACUCCCCAACCAUCUACAAUCAAAAGCGCAAACGUACACUCAGAUGAAAGACCCGGCCAUGCCGCCGGGUCGUUGGAACCGCGACGACCAGCGACACCUCUGCGGUGCGUACCGCGACAACCGCAUCGUUCCCAACGAGGGUGUCCCUGUGUCGCUCUUCACCGCGGAACAAAAGUCGACGCUCUACGGGAUCUUGGAGCAAUACCUGCUCUAUCUUCCUGCGUACUCACGAGCGCUCAAAAUCAGCCAAGUCCAAAGGUAUGAAUCCGAGACAUACUUCUCCUGGAUUGGAGGGUUUGCAGACACCGACCCGUUCUACUUCCGGAUUCAGAGCCCGGUGGUUCUCGUCGAGUUUGACCACCACUCGGGUGUGUUUUUGACAAAUGAAGAGCCGAGGAAAUUUCAUAUUCAUACGCUCCUGAGGACGCCGAAUGCGGGGGAUUAUGGCGUUGCGCUGAAGCCGUUGAUUCCAGCUGUGGAAGGGCUGAAUGGGAAGGAGAUUGUUUGGUAG